AUGGAUCGAUACGAGGUCCUACCGAGUGACUUAAAACGCGCGCGCGUUCGCACAUGCAACAGCAGCUUGUCAAGUGGCGAUUUGCACGUCGACGACGAUGACGACAACGUCGAGGAAACAGUCUACACCCUGUACACUGAUGCGGCAAUUGACGACGUAGCAGAUUUGCUUCUACAGAUCUUCGUCACAGACAACGCCACAGGCCUCCUGCUAGACGACCGAGAACUCACUUCAGCAGAUGCACGAACCGAUCUCACCACGUGGCCUCCUGCACAGCGAAUUCGGUACGCCGAAUUCCAGCGACCCAGAGCGUUGCUUGCCUUCUUCGUGGACUUGUACCGCGUCGGCGUUGAACUAACAGCUGACUGCCGACAGUCGAGUCAUUUCUCGGCAAAACAAUCGGAAUGUGUGCACUUUUUCAACGGUUACACACACCUAUUGGCUGUCUACACCCAGAUUAUUUGCAAGUACCUCACAGGUACGCAACACUUUGACGUGGAUCACGUCUGUCCACGGCUGUGCCUUCCACGAGCUGCGCCGUUGUGGCUGAAGGGUCGCAGCCUCAUCGACGACCCAGACAUGCUGCUCCUCCCACCCACCAAUGAGGCUGUAGACGUGUGCGCGCAAAUACCCUUCGCUUUGCCUGGAACCUGCAAGCUCAUUGGUCGUGGUGUCUACGACAAUGAGUUCAAGUGCCAAUGCAUCAACGCGGCUUACCGUUGGAGGUCAGAGCCUGGCGCGAUGGCUAUUGGCAAGUUUCCGCGCUGUGAACUGGUUGCCGAAUUCGACAAUUUGGAAGUCGGAGAGACCAUCAGGGUGUCAUGCAAUACCCCUGAAAGGCUCCAUUUCUGCGAUCCGAUUGGCAGCCAAAGUGCUGACUCGCCCUUCUUCUCUCCAAGUUGUUACUACGAGGCAAGUCGUGAGACGAUUGGCGCCAACCUCGUCAAGGUCUCUCUCUGGCCGGUAUGCGAAUGCAGAUCCGGUUACAGCGGUGUUACCUGCGAGAGACGACGCGACGUCUGUGAGGACACCCUCGUUCUCACCUCCAGCGACGCUUCAGCGCUUCACGGUUUACUGGGUCUCCCUGAACAGCUGACAGCUAAUUGGCUCUGCGACGCCAACCUUGGUGGAUCCAAAUGUGUGCCUGAUGUCCCCUCGCGCAGCAACUAUGGCUACCGAUGUGAAUGCCAGCCGGGCGCAGGGCGAGAUCCCAGAUUCCAGGGUCUGGAUAACUGCAAAACUCGGGUUCAGCAAGAAUUCUCCAAAUUCGGACCUCCAAGUCGCUGCGAGCCUGGGUAUGCUGGCGACGACUGCGACAUGACCAUUAACCCGUGGUCCGAUUGGAGCAGUUGGAGCGAAUGCUUCCCCGCCUGUGGUAAUCACCGACGGCGUCUGCGUCAUCGUAUCUGCCUGGGCGACUUUGGGUGCAUCGGCAGUACGCAGAUGACAAAACGCUGUUCUGCCGUUGAAUGCGCGGAGUUUGAUGACUCUGAUGCCGAAAUUCAGGUGCACAAUCUGUCCGAAUUCAAGGACAACGGUGGAUUUUUCAUCCCAACUAACAGCGGCAUCUUCUUCACUACAUUUCUGCUUGUCAUUCCAAGCCAGAUUGCGCUAAUCGCCCUCGUGACAUGGUUGGUAAUCAAAAAAGACAGAAAACGAUUCGGGUUGUAG